AUGGAUGUACUGUCUAAGAUGCUAGAUAGAGCUGCAGGUUUGAGGAGUUUUGGCUAUCACCCGCAAUGCAAGAAUCUUGGUCUGACUCAUUUGAGUUUUGCUGACGAUCUAAUGGUUCUCUCCGAUGGUAAGAUGCGGUCUAUCGAGGGGAUUCUGGAAGUGUUUGAUAGCUUUGCAAUUCGAUCACGGCUUCGGAUCAGUAUGGAAAAGUCUAUUGUCUACCUCGCGGGUGUUACUGAUUCAUGUAAACAAGAGAUUUCAGAUUGUUUUCAGUUUGGUGUAGCUCAGUUUCCUGUCGUCUCAACCUUAUCUCUUCUUUUCUCUGGAGUGUCUGCAAUUUUUGGUUGGCUGCAUUUCGACUCCCACGACAAUGUAGUCGCGAGAUUGGCUAAGAUUGCUUGGGGAGAGGUUUGCACACAAAAAUCUGAAGGAGGUCUAGGUCUACGAUCAUUAAAGGAGACAAAUGAUGUUUGCUGCCUGAAGUUAAUCUGGAGGCUUGUGUCGAAAGGUGAGCGUGGUUUCAUUGACCUUGGGAUAGGCCAACAUCAGAUGGUGGCUGAGGCAUGGUCUAACCGUCGUCGGAGACGGCACUGA